CCUUGAUCCAAUUGUCUUUUUUUCCAAUGUAGAUUAUAUUUGUGUAGAAAUCAUCGGUCGGACGCGGUCAGCCGAUUGACAACAGUUGACGACGGUUCAUCAUUGUAUAUAGAUCAAAAAGAUCAUAACUUUCGAUUAUACUACUUCCUUCGUGUUUCGGAUUUGAAUUUGUCUAAAUAUUACUAAAAAAACGAAAAUGUCCAACUGUUUGGAAAAACUGAAAACUUUUACAACAGUCGUUGCUGAUACCGGCGAUUUCGAAGCAAUGAAAAAAUAUAAGCCGACUGAUGCAACCACAAAUCCUUCUUUAAUUUUGUCAGCGGCUACUAUGGAACAAUAUAAACCACUUGUUGAUAAGGCUAUAAAAUAUGGAAAGAAAGUUGGAGGAAGUUUACAAAAUCAAUUGGAAGAAACUGCAGAUAUGCUGUGUGUUUUAUUCGGUUGUGAGAUAUUGAAAAUCAUACCUGGAAGGGUCUCGACAGAAGUAGAUGCUAGAUUAUCAUUCAACAAAGAUGCUAGUAUUGCGAAGGCUUUGAAACUAAUUCAAUUGUAUGAAGAUCAUGGAAUUUCCAAAGAUAGAGUUCUCAUCAAGCUUGCUUCAACUUGGGAAGGAAUACAAGCUGCAAAGGUAUUGGAAGAAGAGCAUGGUGUCCAUUGCAAUCUUACUUUAUUGUUUUCGUUUUGUCAAGCUGUAGCUUGUGCAGAAGCUGGAGUUACUUUGAUUUCGCCAUUUGUGGGAAGAAUUUUGGACUGGUAUGUAGCAAACACUGAUAAAAAGACUUUUGCUCCAAAUGAAGAUCCAGGAGUUAUCUCAGUCACUAAAAUCUACAACUAUUAUAAAAAAUUUGGUUUCAAAACAGUUGUUAUGGGAGCAUCUUUCCGCAACACUGGUGAAAUUAAAGCCCUUGCUGGAUGUGACUUGUUAACAAUUAGUCCAAAGUUGUUGGGUGAAUUAGAAAUUUCAACUGAGAAUUUGCCGAAGAUGUUAAGUCUAGAAUCUGCUAAAGCAUCUCAAUUAGAAAAAAUUAAAAUGGACGAAAGCACAUUCAGAUGGAUGCUUAACGAGGAUACUAUGGCAACUGACAAGCUUUCUGAAGGCAUCCGGAAGUUUGCUGUUGACCAACGAAAGUUAGAAGAUCUGCUUAAAACAUACUUUAAUUGAAAUAUUUUUGUAAUUUUGUAUAACUCAUUUUUGUAUAUUUCUUUAAAAUAAAUGUUAACAAUACAAUAA